CGUCUUCUCCGACAGAGCUCGUGAUCGUUUGCAACACCUGCAGUUACGUGGAAGGUCCAAUCGAAGCCGAACCACCCCCGGAUAAGGACAGAUCUCAAAUUCCUCCGAGAAAGCAAAAUCCAUGCGUACAGAACAAAAAACACCACGGUUUAACCCUUUUGUUCUGUUUUUUCUUUUUCGUGUUUCUGAGGCAGCGACGCUAGGCUCGCACGUUAAUGAAUAAAGAACUCGGGUGCAAAGCCGCAAGACAAUCGAGAAAGCGUGUCUCAGAGAAAGAGAGAGUGUGCGUGUUCGUUCUCUCCAAUGGGAGAAUGGGGAGUGAAUUGCUGCGUCUUCUUGUCGUUCGAUGCUAAAACCGGCCGAAAGCCUCUUCAUUCCACGCCCGAAUUCGAUCGACGGAUCCAUGAUUCGGUGAAACCCAGUGUCUGAGUUGAGUUCGGGAGCCGAAUUUUGGAGUCCUUGUUCGUCCCAAUUUUAUCUCCGAUCGCGUCUGUGUCCGGUGCACGCAAUCUUGCUGUUUCUCCGCUUUCAAAUUCGCCGUUUCUUCUUUUUCGGGUUCAUUGAUCUAAGUUCCUUUGUGAGGUUGGUUUCUUGGUGUGGUUGGAUCAGAAGUAAGAGACUUUUUGCGAUGAUUUUAUGCUUGAUCUGUGUUUAUCAGAAGAUUGUUUGAUCAGGUCUCUGCUUGAACAUGUUGCGUAGAGCUUGUUUCUUCUACUCAUCUUGAACUGAUGAUUGUCCCAUUAGUCUUAGCUACUGCUCGAGAGGAACUUAGCAUGGGAAAAUAAUGGAAGCAUCUGGCGAAGAUACAAAAUUUCCUGACCCGUGAAGUUCUGAUAAUAUAAGUAGAUUUUCAUUCAAGCUUCUCGUGAGGGUGAGAUUACUUCUGGCAGUGGUGGUGCCUGGUGACUUCAUCUGGGUCCGGGACAAUCUAUAGAUCAUUCGGGAUGUGUUGUGAGAAGGAUAGGACUACCUACAGAAAGUAGAAUUGGUGCCUCAAAUGGAUCAGAUAGUAUCACAGUUCCUGUUAAAGAGUUUGCACAUUAUUUUGGAUUCGAGGAUUCCUUCUCUGCACCCAAAUGAUCAAAGAAGCGGCCACCGUACAUCGGUUUCCCGAGCAAGAAAGAAUGACAAAUGGUUUAACUUAGUAUUGGGAGACCGCCCUGCUGCCCUGGAAAACUUGAACUUUUGGCACAGGAAUCUAAUGGACCCAAUGAUUAUCGACGUGAUACUUGUUGACGAGGGGUCUAAUUCCUCAUCUGUGGAUGCUUACUCUGCUAUGAAAGCAUCUGUUGAGACAGUCAUAGAAAGGUGGGUUGUUCAUUAUGAGUCUUCUAGAGUUACUCCUAAUAUCAAUGAUUCUUCUCUUCACAAGAAGAUAUACAAGAAGUUGAUCGUACUAUUGCGUUCUCUUUAUUCGCAAAUGAGACUCCUCCCAGCUUAUAGGAUAUUUCGGCAGCUAAGUUCAUCAGGCCAGACAUAUAAUUUGGAUCUCAUAUACAAAGUAUCUACCUUUAGUAAUCCGUUCUCACGGGCAGAGGAGGAGAUGAUGAAAGAAUAUACUUUUGCUCCUGUGGAGGCCUCUUCAGGACGUUUUAGUGUAGCUGUUUCAUAUCGUAAGACAUUGUCUGAUUUCAACCUGGAGCCUGCUACUUCGUUGUUUCCGAGGAUUAUUACUGAUUACGUUGGUAGUCCAGCCACUGACCCACUUAGGUCGUUCCCCUCUUUUGACAAAGGUGUUCGCGCUACAUCUUUUUCUUUAAGAGGAGCAAGGCCACCUUCUUCAGCACCAUUUCAACGCCCACAUAGCUGGACAAGUGGAUUCCACAGACCAGCUCCUUUUACACAAGGUCAUUCCCUUGGUGGGUCCCCACCUACGUACUGCACAUAUGGUUCUCCAUCUCCUCCUACUGACAUGUAUUCUCAACGAGCUCAAAGCUAUAGAUCCACAUCUCAAAGAGUUAAUAGUUAUGAAGAGUGUCAACUGUCGCCCCCUUUCUCUCCAUCUCCUUCCCCUUCUCCGCCAACAUACUUUUCCAGUGGUAGUGUUGGCAGAAAUCGUGGACGAUCAGAGACCGCUCCCAUGACCAUUCCGCAUCCAACAGCAAGUGGAAAUGCAAGAUACUUAUCUCCAAACUUUUCUGAUCCAAAUAGACAUUCUCUUCCCCCUCUAUCACCCAGGCACACAAGGCUUGACCCCUCAUCCCAAGAGUCCCCAUCUGGAAUCAGAUCAUUCCGAAAACAGGAGUCUUUGAGAUCUGGGGAGUUGCAUAACCACUAUGUCAAUCAGAAGGUCACAAAAGAUGGUCGAGAUGAUUCGGGGCGGUUUUCGGGCUUGUUAUCUUCAAGUGGCUCUCCGCGCAUAGGGUUUUCUAGAAGUUCCAGUAGAUUAUCUUUCCAAGAUGACUUGGAUGAUGGCGACUUUUCAUGCCCUUUUGAUGUUGAUGAUGUCGAUCCGCCAGCCAGCAAUGCUGUUGAUGGCAGGGAAGGUUCAGAGUUAACUUCAUCGUCACCUAUGGGCGCAAAAUCGCAAGAUGCCGCUGUCGGGGUUCUUGUUCACAUGUUAAGAACAGCGUCUCCACUUGAACAAAAUUCCAGUUGUUACUCAGCCCAGUCCUUGAACACGGAACAAGAGGGAGGCGUGGCUACAGCUUCGGGAUUCUUUAUGCCACGUAAGACCACGGAUGCGCUGGAGGAGCUUCGGAGUUACCGAGAAAUGAAGAACCUCCUACGCUCGAAAAGUGGAGCUCAUGUCUUAACCAAAGAAGAAGCUUGACCUUCACCUCGCGCUGUAUAUCAGACCUUGUUUCCAUAGGACAGAGGGCAUCGUGAACACAAAUUGUCGAGAGCAAGGUAUAGGAGCAGCUGAGUUGGUUGUGCACUGGAAAGAAUACAGACAAUGGGAGUUGAGUUCGUGUACAUAAAUGACUGCAAAACUGAUUGUGAUCAUUGAUUUAGCCUUCCCUUUGUAUUCCUCGUGUACCAUGAACUAGUACCAAACUCAUGUUAGCCAAAAUCAGUAUAUGAUAGCUUUGGUUCUCUA